AGUGAGUCAACGGACCUUAUACGGUACACUUCCUGGAGACGGUUGCUACCACAGUUUGUAGCCUCUUGGUUACCGUUUGUUGUCAGGCCUAAACACUGACAUUAACUAGCUAACCGUUCGCUAGAGUGUCUGGGGUUUUCUGAAAGAUGGCUUUUACUUCACACAAUCACAGAGAUCCAAGCGGAACAUACACCUUCUCCAGCCGCCCCAGAGCUGUCGAGAACCGCUCAAAGUACAGCGAGACGUCGACUGAAGAGACAAAGCGUCAUUAUGGAAACAUUAUGUAUGAUCGUCGUGUUGUCAGAGGAAAUACGUACGCCAAGCAUAUCAUACCAACUACAGCUCAGCCAGACCCUUCAGAGAUACGAAGACAACAGGCCAACAGGAGACGGGCCAUCGCUCGAAAACAGGCCAGGGAGCAAUUUAGACCCAACACUCCUGAAGCACUGGAGGGCAGAAAACACACUGAUGUACAAACUGAGCUCUACCUUGAAGAACUGAGCAAUAUUAUUGCAACUACGGACAUCGAGUGUCAGACUGACCCCUUCCUGGACAGACCAGCAACUCCACUCUUCAUACCUGCCAAAUCUGGCAAAGAUGUCGAAACACAGAUAGAAGAGGGAGAGCUGUUUGAUUUUGACGUUGAGGUGCAGCCAGUGUUGGAGGUCUUGGUGGGUAAGACAAUCGAACAGUCUCUGCUGGAGGUGAUGGAGGAGGAGGAGCUUGCCUGUCUGAAGGCCCAGCAGAGAGCCUUCGAGGAGCUUCGAAAUAAUGAGCUGGCAGAGGUGCAGCGGCUCCAGGAGAUGGAGAGACGACACAAUGAGGAGAAAGAGCGUAGAAUUGCACAGCAGAGGGAGGUGCUGAGAAAAGAAAAGGAGAUUGCAGAGAAGAUCGCCGCCCGGGCGUACACCCAGCAAUACUUGGCCGGUCUUCUACCUGCCGUCUUUACCUCGCUGAGAAGCCAUGGCUACUUUUACAACCCCGUGGAGAAAGAUAUCGAGACUAAUUUCUUCCCAUGGCUAAUGAACGAGGUGAACAACAGGGUGGAAAGGAGAUACACAGCAAGAGAGAUUCUUGACACUAUGAUCUACGAUGUAACCCAGAAGAGACUCGAGCGCUUUAACGAGGAAGAGACACAGCCAGAAAAAUCUGAUUCAUAGAGAGAGAUGUAUACACAAGUGUGUGAAUGUAUUUACAACAAAUAAAAGUUUUUUUUUUCAUGAA